AUGUCGUCGAGGCAGGAGCAGCGAGUGGCGAGCGCUGAGGGCGAGGCGCAAGCGGAGCGCGCCGGCGAGCAGUUGGCGCGCGCCGAGGCGCACGCCCGCGAGGCGGCGCGUGAGAUCGCGCACGAGCGCACCGAGCGCGCACGCGUGGUCGGCGCCGGCGGGCACGAGGAGCGCCACCGCGCCGGGAUCCUGGAGACCGUGCAGCAGGGCGCCAGGUCCCUGGUGAACGCCGUCGGCCGCACGCUCGGCGUCGCCAGGGACACCACAAAGGACAAGGCGAGCGAGACGGCGGAGGCAACCAAGGACAAGCUCGGCGAGUACAAGGACUACGCCGCCGACAAGGCAAGCCAGGCGGGCGACACCACCGCGCAGAAGUCGAGCGAGCCGGCGGGGGCGACCAAGGACAAGCUCGGCGAGUAUAAGGACUACGCCGCCGACAAGGCGACGGGGGCGAAGGACGCCGCCGUCCAGAAGGCCAGCGAGGCGGCAGAGGCGACGGAAGGCAAGCUUGGAGAGUGCAAGGAUUACGCCGCGAACAAGGCCACAGGGAUGAAGGACACCGCGGCGCAGAAGGCUAGCGAGACGGCGGAGGUAGCCAAGGACAAGGCUGUGGCGAUGAGGGACGCCGCGGCGCAGAAGGCUGGCGAGACGGCGGAGGCAACCAAGGACAAGGCUGUGGCGAUGAGGGACGCCGCGGCGCAGAAGGCUGGCGAGACGGCGGAGGCAACCAAGGACAAGGCUGUGGCGAUGAAGGACGCCGCCGCGCAGAAGGCAAGUGAAACAGCCGAGGCGACCAAGGACAAGGCUGUGGCAAUGAAGGACGCCACCGCACAGAAGGCAAGCGAGACGGCGGAGGCGACCAAGGACAAGGCUGCGGCGAUGAAGGAUGCCACCGCACAGAAGGCCGGCGAGACAGCGGAGGCGGCGACGAACAGGCUCGGGGAGUACAGGGACAGCGCCGCCCAGCCAGCGAAGGAGACGAAGGACGUGACGGCAGAGAAGGCGAGCCAGGCGGCGGGUGCCGGCAAGGCCAAGGUAGGGGAGUACCGCGACGCUGCGGCGGAGAAGGCCAAGAACGCGAAAGGCACCACCGCGGAGAAGGCACGGGAGACGAAGGAGGCCGCCGCGUCGAAGACGAAGCAGAGCUCCAGCUCGGAGGAGUUGAGCAAGGCGGCGAGAGACGACGAGACCCUGGAGGGCACGACGAGACCACCCCCGGAGGAGAAGCUCGAGGAGUACAAGCAGUCGCCCGCCGACGCGGCCCGCAAGGCCAUGGAGUACCUGAUCUUGCGUACGGAGGAGGUCGACGAGCAGUCCGGCGCGAGCAAGGCGAGCACGGACGCGACGGAGGAACUGUCGCGGCAGGAGCUGGAAGCGACGAGGGAGCGGACGGAGCAGGUGGUGGCAGAGGGCGAGCGGCGCGGGAAGGAUGGCAAGUGAAGGAAGGGCCGUGCCGGUGCAGCCGGCAGCGGCGGACAGGAGCGCGUUAGCCGUAGCAGGCAGAGUAGAAGACGACCGCACGCGACGUGAUGGCUCUGCGCUAGUCCGAUCCAUGGAGGGCAUGCAUACUAAGCUAGAUAGGCCAGACGCGUCGUCUCUAGACUCUCGUAGAUUUGAGCUUGUUUAUCUAGCCUUGCUCUUUCCGCAGAAAGA